GCCUCCAUCAUGCCUUUGAUCUAGUCGGCCACCGUCAUUACCCCCGUCCUCCCUCCUUUCUCCUCCCCUCCUCUUCCCUCUACCGUUCGUCUUCCCAGCUUUCGUCCAGUUCCUCUCCGUCGUCGAGAUAUGCUGGACGGGGCGCGCGCCUUUUUCUGGGCGCAGCUCAGAGCUGUCAAGCCAGCGUUCGUGUCCAAGACGCCGCAUUUCAAUUUCAUUUCGGUUCACUAUACUUGGAUUAUCGGUGCGACACUCCUCGCCUCCGUCAUCAUCUACGCCUCCGGGACCAACACCGUUACCUAUGUCAACGCUCUCAUGUUCGCCAGUGGCGCCAACACGCAGGCCGGCCUCAAUCCCACAGACCUCAUGGACCUGAACACCUUCCAACAGGUCGUCAUCUACCUCUUCACCAUGAUGUCCAAUCCCAUCACGCUGCACAGCUCCGUCGUCUUCCUCCGUCUCUACUGGUUCGAAAAGCGAUUCCAGGGCUGGGUCUCCGAUGCCCGGCAGCGCCGAGGGACUCUAUCCAAAGCUAAGUCACAGGCGCGCAACGACAUGCGCGGCGCCGAAGAGGGUGUCAACGGGCGCAGCAUUACCGUGGUUCCCAACCGUGGCCUCCCACCUCGCAUGACCAACGAUGGAAUCCUGCUCGACGGAAACGAAAGGUUCGAAUCACAAGCCAUUGUGGACGACGAUGACGAAGAUGGAUACCCGCCGGCCAAGACUACUCCAGCCAACAGCGACGAGAGCGACACAGCCACUGUGUCAGCUGCUCGGUCCAAUAGCAUGGAGCUGUGUCCGCUGGAGAAGCCCGAACAGUUACACGAAAACGGCCACGACGACAGGGGUCUUCCGCCGCACGCGAACACCGAGGGGCACAGCCAGAACCAGAGUCUCGGAAUCACACACACAGCAAUCACAUUUGCUGACACGGUCAAGAGAAGCGACGGCGUCGAUGACGACACCAAGUUCCCACAGAAGCGCCCAAAUGCCGAGCACAUAGCCAUUCUCCAACGCCAACGGAACCAGGACAAUGAGGUUUUGCGCAUUCCUGGACCUCGUGAUGCCGAGAAGGGAAUGGGCCCGAGGCUCCUGGACGACCAGGAUGCUGGAGAAGACGAGGAUACCAUCGCCGUGACCCGGUCCAACAUCUUGGGGCCGGAUCCUGCAACAGCCGACUCUAAAGUACCCCGCGACCGCCGACCGACCAUCGUUAUUGCUGAACCAGAUCGGCCCGUUAGAGACGAGCUUGCUGAUGAUGGUAAGACCCUUGGCAGCACGCUCGAGGCCUUCAGGCUCCGAAAGCGUCGAGCAUUCAGCCGCAGCCAGAAGCACGUUCACGAGGAUAAUGAGAGCGGCCGGCCCGUAAGCGCCUUCCGAACGCGCACGCUCGACACAAUCAAGUCCGCCUGGUCGCGCGACGCCGUUAACGACAUGCCUUACCUCAGUUACACGCCGACAAUGGCACGAAACUCCAACUUCGUGGGUCUGACCCUCGAGCAACGCGAGGAAUUGGGCGGCAUCGAGUAUCGCUCUCUCAGAACCUUGGCCUUGAUUUUGAUCUGCUACUUCUGGGGCUUCCAGACCAUCGCUGUCGCUUGUCUACUGCCCUUCAUUCGGCACAACGAGCGCUACGGCAGCCUCGUCGAAAGUCAAGGCAUUUCCAGGACAUGGUGGGGCUUUUGGACAGCCAACUCAGCCUUUAUGGACUUGGGGUUCACCUUGACCCCGGACAGCAUGAACUCGUUCAACACCUCCGAAUACGCCAUGAUGAUUAUGUGGUUCUUCAUCAUCAUCGGAAACACGGGGUUCCCAGUCAUGCUGCGGUUCAUCAUCUGGAUCCUCGCCAAAAUCGUGCCCAGCGGGACAGGACUUUGGGAGGAGCUGAGGUUUCUCCUUGAUCAUCCUCGUCGAUGCUUCACCCUGUUAUUUCCUUCCAGCGCCAAUUGGUGGCUUUUCUGGAUCCUUGCCGGUCUCAAUGUCAUUGACUUGUUGUUCUUUAUGGUUCUUGAUCUUCACUCCGGUGCCGUCUCCGAACUGCCCAUUCACACGCGGUUCGCAGAUGGUCUCUUCCAAGCAGCCGCCACCAGAACGGCGGGGUUCUCUUGCUUCUCCAUGUCGGCCCUCCACCCAGCCAUGCCCGUCCUAUACAUGAUCAUGAUGUACAUCUCAGUCUUCCCCAUUGCCAUCUCUAUUCGUCGAACCAACGUCUAUGAGGAAAAAUCUCUUGGUGUUUACCCCGACAAGAAGGACGAUGAUGAUACAGCUGCAGAGGCCAAUGCUCUUUCUUACGUCGGUACCCAUUUGCGGCGGCAACUGUCCUUCGAUCUGUGGUACGUGUUCGUGGGCUUCUUUCUCCUCGCUAUCAGCGAAGGAAAUAAGCUCAAAGCCGGAGAUUUCGAUUUGUUUGCGAUUUUAUUCGAGGUCGUCAGCGCCUACGGCACUGUAGGACUCAGCAUCGGCAUCCCAACGGUCAAUGCCUCUCUCUGUUCCCAAUUCACCGUCGUGGGCAAACUCAUCAUCGUUGCGAUGCAAAUUCGAGGUCGUCAUCGUGGCCUCCCAUACGGGUUGGAUCGAGCUGUCCUUCUUCCCAGCGAAUCUCGCUUUCAGACGGAAGCCGAAGUGGACCAACCGAUCCUGGUCCGAACUCGCACGGGGAUGUCAACCGCUGCGACAGGUCAAGACAAUCAGGCCAAUCCCAAUGUUCCUGGUCGCCGUCGCAGCACGAGCAGAGGCCGAGAACGCACCAACAGCCACAUCAUUACACAGUUUCUAUACCCGGGUCCUGUGAUCCGAAAUGAUGCGAUCCACGGGCAUAAACGUACCCCGUCAGGGGCCUCACAGCAGCAACAACAACAGCAAUUCCCUCGAGCCGUCACGGAGCCUAUCCCAUCUGAAGAAAAAGAUUCGGUCGGUCCACUUCGGACGAUCGAGUCUCAUAUACACCACCCAAGAAGAGCAGAGACUAGUCCAAUGUCCUAGGAGGGUUUUUGGAAAGAUGUUUUUAUCCCACUUGAGCGGGAAUAAUUCAUUUUGCAGCCAGAAGUCUGGUUUGCCAACACAACAAGAUCCCGGGUCGCUUAAUAUUGUAACCAUCAACGACAAAAUCAGGAGUUUCGUGCAAGGACGGAUGUAUGGGUCGGGAGAAAUUACGGCGUGCAGUGCACAGGAUUACAACUAGACAGGUUCGACAGAUUGGAGUUGGACCAGGGUGCAGUCAUCGGGUUGAGCGUUUUCAGUAUUUUGUUGUCACUUUUCAUCUCGAGAACCAGGCUCGGUGGCGCUGAGAAGGAUUAAAUAUUUCGGGUCGACUUUUCGUCCGUA